AUGCCGGCUAAUAAACAAAUCCCUGGAUUAGGAAGUCUACACCUAGCUGGAAGUGAUUUGGAACUCAUUCCAGAUAAGGGACAAGGCAUUGGAAGCUACACAGCGAUUUGGGACACCGCGGGGAUUGAACCUACAAGGAGAGGUGGAAGACAAGAUAUUCUAUUUGUUCUAGAGGGUCAAAACCAAACCCUUACACAAAAAUUACAAACAAAAUUUUAUGGAAAACAGGAUUCUCAUGGAAUUGUAGGGCAUAGAUUGGAGGCAUUGGUUUGGAAUUGUGAAAUAAAUUUAAAUGGCCAAAUUAACGUAAAUGAUGAAAAAAUACUUUGA